GGAGCGCCGAGCACCAUGCGCGCACCUCCGGCCUCCGCGCCCGCCCCGCGCCGCGCAGCCCCCCCGCCGCCCGCCCCCCUCUGCCUCCUGGCCCUGACCCUGCUCCUUUGGGGCCGGGGGGAGGCGGCGGGGCCCUCCCGCACCGUCUAUACCAACCACUGGGCCGUCCGCGUGCGGGGGGGCCCGGCCGAGGCCGCCCGCCUGGCAGCCGCCUAUGGGUACAUCAGCUUAGGGCAGAUUGGCAGCUUGGAAAACUACUACCACUUCCACCACAGCAAAACGUUCAAGCGCUCGACGCUGAGCAGCCGAGGACCGCACACCUUCCUCCGCAUGGACCCCAAGGUGGAGUGGCUGCAGCAGCAGGAGGUGCGGCGGCGGGUGAAGAGACACAUCCGUGGUGAUCCCCCCUCCCUGCCCUUCAACGACCCGGUGUGGCCCAACAUGUGGUACCUGCACUGCGGGGACAGGAACAGCCGCUGCCGCUCGGAGAUGAAUGUGGUCGCUGCCUGGCAGAGGGGCUACACCGGCAGGAAUGUGGUGGUCACCAUCCUUGAUGACGGGAUAGAGAGGAACCACCCCGACCUGCUGCAGAACUACGACCCUCUUGCAAGCUACGAUGUUAAUGGGAAUGACCACGACCCAACGCCUCGCUACGAUGCCAGCAAUGAGAAUAAGCACGGCACGCGCUGCGCGGGGGAGGUGGCAGCAGCAGCCAACAACUCGUACUGCAUUGUGGGCAUUGCCUACAACGCACGCAUUGGAGGCAUUCGUAUGUUAGAUGGAGAUGUAACAGAUGUUGUUGAAGCGAAGUCGCUUGGCAUCAGACCCGAUUACAUUGACAUUUACAGCGCGAGCUGGGGGCCAGAUGAUGAUGGGAAGACAGUUGAUGGACCCGGCCUAUUGGCCAAGCAGGCUUUUGAGCAUGGCAUUAAAAAGGGCCGCAGGGGUUUGGGGUCCAUUUUUGUCUGGGCAUCAGGAAACGGCGGCCGAGAGGGUGACUACUGCUCCUGUGACGGCUACACCAACAGCAUCUACACCAUUUCCAUCAGCAGCACCACCGAGAACGGCUACAAACCCUGGUACCUGGAGGAGUGUGCAUCCACCCUGGCCACCACCUACAGCAGCGGGGCCUUCUAUGAGCGGAAAAUUGUCACCACUGACCUCCGGCACCGCUGCACCGAUGGCCACACCGGCACCUCCGUGUCUGCACCCAUGGUGGCCGGCAUCAUCGCCUUGGCUUUGGAGGCAAAUCCCCUGCUCACAUGGAGGGAUGUCCAGCACCUCCUGGUCAGGACAUCACGGCCAGUACACCUGCGGGCAGCCGACUGGAAGACCAACGGAGCAGGGCAUAAAGUUAGCCAUUUAUAUGGCUUCGGCCUGGUUGAUGCAGAAGCUAUAGUAGUGGAAGCCAAGAAAUGGAAGACGGUGCCGCCUCAGCACGUCUGCGUGGGAAGCCUGGACAGGGUACCCAAGUACAUCCGCCCAGACCACGUGCUGCGUGCCAGCACCCUGAGCAGUGCCUGCAGCGAGCAGCGCGAGCAGCACGUGCUGUACCUGGAGCACGUGGUGGUGCGGCUCAGCAUCGCGCACCCACGCCGUGGGGACCUGCAGAUCAGCCUCGUGUCUCCAGCAGGGACCAGGUCACAGCUCCUGGCCAGGAGAGUGUUUGACCAUUCCAAUGAGGGUUUUAAGGGCUGGGAGUUCAUGACUGUGCACUGCUGGGGCGAGAGGGCAGCCGGCGAGUGGACACUGGAAAUCCAGGACACGCCGUCCCAGGUGCGCAGCCCCACCGCGCAAGGGAAGCUGAAGGAGUGGAGCAUCCUCUUCUACGGGACAGCUGAGCACCCCUACAACACGCCAGGGGCCCCCCAGCCCCGCACAAGGACACUGGAGGUAUUGGAGAUGGAGCCGUCGAGGGCUGCCUUCCUGCAGAGCCAGGUGGAGAUGGCAGAGGAGGAGGAAGAGGAGUAUGCAGGUCCCUGCCACCCCGAGUGCGGUGACCAGGGCUGCGAUGGCCCCAGCGCCGAUCAGUGCUUGAACUGCAUCCACUACAGCCUGGGCAGUGUGAAAACCGGCAGGAUGUGCGUCAGCUCCUGCCCAGCAGGGUUCUUUGGCGACAAGGCAGCGCGGAGGUGCCGGCGGUGCUACAAGGGCUGCGAGAGCUGUGUUGGUCGGGGCCCAGGGCAGUGCACAGCGUGCAAGAGGAGCCUCUACCACCACCCUGAGAUGGGUGCCUGCCUGCCCCUGUGCCCUCCCAGCUUUUACGCCGAUGAACGUCAGAAACGCUGUCUGAAAUGCCAUCAAAGCUGUAAAAAGUGUCUCGGCGAGCCGGAUAAGUGUACUGCAUGCAAAGAUGGGUUCAGCUUGGUGGGAGAGAGCUGCGUGCCUGAAUGCCAGCCUGCCAUGUACCUCAGCCGUGAGCACCGGCGCUGCGAGACCUGCCCUGCUGGCACAGGACCCGGUGAGGAUGACUGCACACCCUGUACCCCCGACAGCCCUGCACCUCACUGGCGCUGCGUUCUCGCCUGCAGGGAGGGCUUCUAUCCUGCUGACAGCCACGGGCUGCCCAACAAGGUCUGCAAGAGGUGCGAUGAGCACUGCUCUGCCUGCGAGGGCUCCAGUGGGAACUGCGUGCGGUGUAAGGAUGGCUUCAGCCUUCUUGGUGGCUCCUGUGUGACCAACGAGACCUGUACCAAUGCUGACAAGACUUUCUGUGAGAUGGUGAAAUCAAACAAGCUCUGUGAAAAGAAGCUGUUUGUGCAGUUCUGCUGUCAGACGUGUCUUAUGGCCGGGUAAAGUCCAGUGGCCGCAUCCAGGACUUCCACCGACUGCCAGCCCGGUUUUGCCAAAUGUUUAGGACAAAAGUUUUAUUUUUUCAGCUUUGGGAGAGUUUACAUGGUGCUGUCGUAAGUUUGAUGGCUUUAAUAUCACUGUCAGCUUGUUUCUAUAGCAAUACGUUAAGCAGAGAGCGGAUCGUAGCCUGAACGAUGGAGACCUGAAAGGCCCCAGGCAGGCAGUGAUAUUAAUACUCUCAAACACUCCUCAUGAGCAGGGAGCAAGGCAUGACCCGUGCACCCAGGUUUGGUUCUGCACAGAAAUCCUACAGACGUGUGCUUGGAGUGGCCGAGGGGACAUGGGACAGCACACACAUGCGGGUCUGACCCCACUUUGUGCUCGGUGACAGCCCCAGAGACCUGCACUGCUGCCAGCCAGCGCCGUGCUCCAUACCCAUGUGAAACGACGAGCGGGCACUGCCUGGAGCAGGCUCUGUGCUGCUCUGCCACCCCGUUCGGAUCCAGCUGCUUCUCCCUGACUGUGAGUGUGGCAACGACUGGAGCUCCGCAGAGCAAAGCCCCUUGUGUGCAGGCAGAGCCGGGUGCCUGCAGGGAGGGUUCGUCCACACGGAGCAGCGUUACGGCAAAAUGCAUCUUCCUCCCCAAACGCCGAGUCUCCGUUUAGUUGGGGAAGGAGCACCGUCCUUCCUCUCGGAGGUGGUUUCCCAGUUCAUCUCUUCUAGCAUUUUGCAUCACUAUCCUGCCUUUUGCCGGGAUACCUCCCAGCCACGGCAGUGAUUUUCUUUCCCCUCUGUUUCCAAAAGAGACAUUCCAGGGAUCUGGCCAGGAAACACUCAGUUCCACAAACCCUCCCCCAAACAACCCUCUCCAUGCUCUCUCUUCCUAGUAUGUCACGUGGUGUUUAUACAAUUGUGUUUAAAAUAUCCUUGGCUAUGUUGUUUUACAGAUUUUUUUAAAAAUAACUUAUACAGUCCUUGUUUUUCUCUGUAGACUAUUUUUUUUUUAUAUGGGGAGUGGGGAAUCUUUGGUGUCCUUCAUCCUUCUCCUCUCCAACCUCAGAGAUGCUCUUUUUAACAAAACAUCCACAGUAUUUCCCUAUGCUGCAUGUUCUGAUUUUCACUGUUGAUAGAUUGAAUGAGUUAAACCUUUUGCCAGUGAAACACGCAGUGUAAAUCAACGCUGGUUCCUGUUGGAGCUGGGCUGAUCCCUGCUUGUUCCCCAUUGCCACGCCACGCCCUGUGCAGGCUUGCCUCUGUGGGGCGAAGAGGGGAGAGCCUCGCCUGAGAGCCUUGGGUGAACUGACCUCUAAGUUAAUAAACUAUUGAUCUCCCCUGAGCUACGGAUCUGUGCUUUUUGCAAAUCUGUGCAGCCACUGCCCUGUCUGGAGGCAGCUUGGGGUGGUAAGGCAGCAUGUCUUGUUGGUUUGCUGUAUCAGAUCCCCCAAUCAGCCCAGCACCUGCAAGAGGAAUGGGUCUGAGCAUCUGCUGCAUGUGCAAAAAGGUCACAUUAAUUCUCAGAAAGACCUUCUGCUUUCAGACCUUUUGCUCUCCUGAACGGUCCCUGUGUGAGGCUGGGCUCUGUGCUUUGGUGCACCCAAGCCCCUCUGGCUGGGUGUUAGGGGGCGCUCAGCUGCACAUGGGCUUCCCUCCAGCUGAGCUGGCAGGGGGCUUGCUCUCUUCCCACCCAUGAUCAGAGCAUCCUGCAGCCCUGCUGCCCACACCGCAGCUCACACACCCUCCCCUCCUUGGCUGGGAGCAGAGGAAGCUCUGGAGCCUGUUACUGUGUUUGUUUUGCAGGGAUUAACUGUGGGCCAAGUGCCCAGGGUAGUGCCUGGGUAUCUGGUACUGAGCUAUCUAAGUAUGAAAAAGGAAAAAACAGCCCUCCCAGGAGGGGCUUAUAGAAUAUCCCAAGUUGGAAGGGAUCCACAAGGAUCACAGAGUCUGAGAGAAGAUGCUUCCUCAGAGCUAUGCUGCUGUGGGCUCGUGCAUUUCACAGCUCUUCAUAUUUAUCAGAGGAUAGACGGGACUGAGCCAGAUGAUUUAUCACACACUGAUUCCUUUUGCUGCUCUGGGAUCCCCCUUUUGGUCUCAGGCCAAACCAGAGGUCAGAAGUGGGGUGAAAUGCUUCUGGCUUCUGCCACUUUGGUCGUAAAAUAGCAAACUUCCAAUUCCGUUGCUGUGUCCCAGUCCCAAGCAUUGUGUCAGCUCUGACUUCCAGUUCCCUGGCUCUCAGCUCUGCCUGCAGUACUGCUCCAUGGUAUAUUUAGAUGCACCGAAAUGCUGAAAAAGAAAACAGGAAAGAGAACAAAAUUUACCCUUACAUCCUUGGCACAACUUAAAGUAUGAAAAUACAGCCUAAGUGAGGCAAUGCAAUUGCAGAUGACCAAAUCCCCAGCAGUCUCAGCUUUCUGCUGCCCUUCAGUCUGCAGGGAAAGAGAAACGAAUUCUACAAGUUGAGUUCAUGUAACAGCAUCAGCUCCCAGUGUUUCCCAGGGCUGCAACUCCCUCAGAAAUCAUUCCUGGAAAGUAAUAACAUUCAG